GAAUGAGAGUGAGAGAGAGAGAGAGAGAGAGCGAGCGAGAGAGAGAAAGGGGACCAUUUCAACGAGUGUGCACUGAAGUUGCGUCAUUUUGCUAAAGAGCAGUACAGCUGUUUAAACUUUCGUACUUGGUGCUUAUCAGUUUCUCUUUUAUAAACUCACAUUUUGGUUAGAAGAGUGUCUUUUUGUUACUUAAAAAAAAUAAUCUUUGGCUUCCUUUAUCCAUUUCAGUGCUUUGGCCAUUUUCUUUUUCCACCAUGAGGAGAGGGCUUUUGCUGAUUCUGGGUUUCUCCUUCUCCCUGAUGACAGAUCUGGCACUCUCACAAUGCAAAGUAGGAUUUCAAAGUACAGGUGAAGGUUGUAUUGACGUGGACGAAUGUUUACCUGGAGAGAGGCCAAUCUGUGGACAGAAUGGAAACUGCAGCAACACCAAUGGCAGCUACAUGUGUAUAUGUCACCAGGGGUAUAGAAUGAAAUCAUCCAAUGACCUUUUCAGCAGCGAGCCAUGUUCAGACAUAAAAGAGUGUUUAGAGAAUAAGACAAUGUGUGGUCCCCACACACGUUGUAUAGACACGCCUGGAUCACAUUCCUGCACCUGUAACAGUGGAUUUGUCCCCAGCAAUGAGAAACAACCAUUUCUAGCCUCUGACGGAGUUACAUGCAAAGAUGUAGAUGAGUGCUUGGCUGAUAGCUUGAUCUGUGGAAAGGGUGGAGACUGCAACAACACAGAGGGCAGCUACAAGUGCGUCUGCAAUACUGGAUUCAGUAACUAUGGCAUUGCCCUGGCAAAGUGUGACGGUAAGGUGGAGGCCGCUGAAGCAGGAGGCAUUAUCACCACUAGGGUGCAGUCCAGUGUUACUGCUUUCGCUGCGAGACCAGGGGAUGCCACCAGACCCCACCAACACUGUUCUGUUUCUGUCCUGGGACAUCCACAUCCAACAAUGUACUGUACUGAAGGUUCAGGAAAGAACAUGAAUGCUGUGUGGAACACCACGGUGGUCAAUAACAAGUCUUUCAUUCAUUCCCCCUUAGAGCUGACAUGCAACAAUUUUGCACCUGAGGCUUCACCUGACCAGAUACCAGCAAAACUUGACAAAGCAUUAUCGCUGAUGAGAAAUGCAUGUAAUGCCCUGAGCAAUUCUCAUGGACCAGAUGGAGGGCAGCCCGAUGGAGAGAUACUGUUGGAGAGACUGUUGCUCAUAAUCGAGCAGCUGCUGUCAGCUGGGCCGCUGAACAAGAACAGCGCAGUCAGCACCUUUCUGAAGGUGGUAGAGGAUGCCCUGCGACUCAUCGGACCUCUACUGCACAAAAAGAGCACCAGGAGGUCCUAUAACCACACAGAGGUGGAGAUUUUAGUGGAGAGAGGUCAGCUGGCACCCAAGGGGGAGAUCAGCCUGUCCUCUGCACAUGCACAUCUGGACACACACUGGGAGACUGCUGCUGGAGAUACCGCCUACCCAGGAUUUGCAGCUGCCUCUCUCCUGACCCAUAAAGGCCUGGAGUCAUCCACCAAUGACUCAUUCCAGAGACUUAAAGAAGACCACGAGCACAAGGGCAUAAGGUUCUCAAUGAACUCCAAAGUGGUGACGGUUAGCGUGAGCAACUUAAACACGACGAACCUGCAAAAACCCGUCAACUUCACCUUCUCGCACCUUGUGUCCACAGAUGAAAACCACUCCUGCGUUUACUGGGAUGCCAGGAGCGCUGGAGGGGGCUGGUCCACGGAGGGCUGUGAGGUGGUGCGCAGCAACGCCAAUGAGACAGAGUGCUCCUGCACCCACCUGAGCAGCUUCGCUGUGCUGAUGGCCAUGUACGAGCUGGAGGACAACUUCCAUUUGGAGGUGAUCACCUGGGUGGGGCUGUCCGUGUCCCAGCUGUGCCUUCUGCUCUGCGUCCUCACCUUCCUCUACUGCCACUCCAUCCAGGGCACACGCAACACCAUCCACCUGCACCUCUGUGUCUGCCUCUUCAUCGCCAACCUCAUCUUCCUCGCUGGCAUCUCCAGCACACAGAACAAGGUUGGCUGUGCGGUUGUGGCUGGUCUUCUUCACUUCUUCUUCCUGGCAGCGUUCUGCUGGAUGUGUCUGGAGGGGGUGCAGCUGUACCGCAUGGUGGUGCUGGUCUUCAACACCACGCUGCGGCCCCUCUACAUGAUGGCGGCCGGUUACGGGGUCCCCGCCAUCAUCGUCAGUGUCUCUGCCGCCAUCCACCCAGGGGGAUACGGCACGGAUAAACAUUGCUGGCUGCUGCUAAAGGAUGGUUUUAUCUGGAGUUUCUUUGGUCCUGUCUGCGUCAUCAUCAUGGUGAAUGCUUUCUUCUUCAUGAUAACAGUGUGGAAGCUGGUGGACAAGUUCUCCAGCCUCAACCCUGACCUUACCAACCUGCGGAAGAUCAAGGUAUUUACUGUUACUGCAGUGGCACAGCUGUGUGUGUUGGGGACUAUGUGGAUCUUUGGAUGCUUCCUGUUUGAGGAGACCACCAAUCGCCCUUUGGAGUACAUCUUCACUUUCCUCAACAGCCUGCAGGGGACGCUGUUGUUUGUGAUGCACUGCCUAUUCUCCAAACAGGUGAGAGAUGAGUAUGGCAAGCUCCUGUCCCGCUGUAAAUCUCAGAAGAAGAAAUACUCUGAAUUCAGCAGCAACCAGUCAAGCAACUCCCAGGCCAAGAGUGCUCAGCACACCGGCGAGUCACGAAUCUGAUGGCCACACCGUGACCCAUGAUGCUUUGCAAGUGAAGGACACUUCUUUUUCUUUUUCACCAUGGCCCCUCUUUGACCUCCUCUCCUCCCUCUAGUAUUUCUUACUGCAUAAGAUCUGAAUCUGAGCUGAACAGAAAUUAUAUUAAUGGAAUCAGGAAAGUUCCGCUGAUCUAUUGGCUGACUUGUCAUGUGAGAGCAGAGCUAUUGCUGGAUUGUGUAAAGGAAAACAAAGCAAUUUGCUAACUUGACACAUGGAAGUAAUAUUAUUGGUGGAUUCUUUGGGGUAGACAAGUCCCAUUGGUGGACACAAGGAGCUUCUAUCUACACCUAGCUGUAAAGUGUUCCAAUAUGGAACACAAGGGAACACAGAGUGGGAAAUGGAAGCUCCUAUGUGGAAACAAGGAAGGUUCUCAUCUUGUGAUUGGACACUCAGGCUAUGAGAGGCUGUCUGAUUGGACUAAAUGAUGAUGACAGUUUGGUACAGUCAGUGUCCCUCCUGUCACACCCCAGGACCAGAGGACUGGAACAACUACAGCUCCCCCACUCUGAGCAGGGCUGACCCUCCAGCUACAGUAGUUGCAUAGCGAUGACGUUCAUUUGUGCAUGCAGUCACAGCCCUGGUGCUUAGAACUGUCCUUCUACCAUCCUUCUACCAUACUGACUAGGUCCACUCAUUGUGAUGGUUGGCAUUUAUAGAGCAUCCAAAGUGCUGUAUAAAUGAUGCUUCUCAUUCACCCUCAUUCACCCAUUCAUACACACACUCACACACACACCAACGGCGAUUGGCUGCCAUUCAAGGCACCGACCACCUCGUCAGAGGGGUUAGGUGUCUUGCUCAGGGACACUUCGAUACACCCAGGGUGGGAUCGAACCGGCAACCGACAGCCAGACGACUGCUUUUACCACCCGAGCUAAUGUGGCCUUGUGAUUUUCUUCUGAUGCAUAGUUCAGAUGCUUUCACAAUCAGUGAAACUGCUGAGAUACAAUGCAUAUCCCGCCUGAUUCGAGGAGCUCAAAUAUGCAAUGUCAUCGAAGGUAUGAAGACAGAAGCAUCCUAGUCACUGGCAUCCUUGCUAUGACAGAAAGGUGGUAGAACCUGAUCAGAACACAAGCAAAUAACGAUACACAAAGGAGGAACAGUGUUGGCUUCAUCUCUCUUUAUUAGAUAAUGUUGAACAUUAGUUCAUUCUUUUUGCCAUUGCUUUUAAUGUGUGUACAUGCUGUAGAUAUCAAUAUUGAAACCAGCGUCUAGUUUUAGAUCUGGUUUAUGAUGAUCCUGCAUAUAAGGCCACACAGACACAGACAAUGGAAGUCAAUUUUUGUAGUUUAAACAAUGGGAAUAAAUUAUUGUUGUUGUUGUUGUUGUUGUUAUUACUAUGAUUGUGAUGAUAACAACGAUGAGGAUAAUGAUGAAUAUGUAUAACUGUUCAUUUAUUAUCAAUAAUAAAUUGCACAUCUGUUACUGUACCUCCAGCAGCCCCACCUUCAUUGUAUCUCCUCUUUAAGCUCCUAUUUUAUUUAUUCUCUAAAUUGUAAUCUGCUGGACAGCAUACUUUCAGAGUAAGACAGGUUAUCCCAUGUAUUUAUCUUUAAUCUUAUAAAGACUGUAUGUUGCUUUUGUGUGUUGCUUGAUGGAAAUCUAAUAAAUUAAGAAUAAUUCUA